ACAUGUACACACCCACGCUGCCAAAAACUGAAAGCUAGCUAGCCGCUCAAGCAAGCAUGGCGCACGACGCAAAAAUGGCGGAUGUACUAUCUCAGGGUUACGUCUACCUCGCCAUGGCUCUCGUGGCGCUGCUCGGCGUGCUGCUCACGAAGUGCAGCCGCACGGCGACGGCUCAGCGGCGGCUGCCUCCGGGGCCAUGGCAGCUGCCGGUCAUCGGCAGUCUGCACCACCUCAUCGGCAAGCUCCCGCACCACGCGAUGCGCGAUCUUACGCGCCGCCACGGGCCGGUCAUGAUGCUCCGGCUCGGCGAGGUGCCCACGCUGGUGGUGUCGUCGCCGGAGGCGGCGCAGGAGGUGAUGAGGACACACGACGCGGUGUUCGCCACGCGGGCGCUGAGCGCCACCGUGCGAGCGGGCACCAUGGGAGGCAGGGACAUCGCCUUCGCGCCGUACGGGGACUACUGGCGCCAGCUCAGGAAGAUCGCCGCCACGGAGCUCCUCUCCGCGCCCCGCGUCGCCUCCUUCCGCGCCAUCCGCGAGGAGGAGGUCGCCGCCACGCUGCGCACGGUGGCCGCGGCCGCCGCGGACGGGCGCGCCGUGGAGUUACGAGCGGCGCUGUGCGCUCUCGUGACCGACUCCACGUCGCGCGCCGUGGUGGGAGACCGGUGCAAGGAGAGCGACGCGCUCAUCCGUGCGUUCGACCGUUCCAUGGAGCUCGCGAGCGGGUUCAACCCGGCGGCGGACCUGUGGCCGUCGUCGCGUCUCGCCGGCCUUCUCAGCGGCGGCGUGCGCGAGAUUGAGGCGAACCUCCACACGGUGUUUGGCAUCCUUGACCGCCUCAUCGAGAAGCGCCUGCAGCAGAAGAAGACUGCUCCAUCGUCCGCCGCCGGCGAGGACAUUCUGGACGCGCUGCUGAGGAUACACAAGGAGGGCGGCGGGCUCCAGUUCCCGCUCGACAUGGACAGCAUCAAAUUAAUCAUCGCUGACCUCUUCAGCGGCGGCGGCGAAACGGUGGCGACGCUGCUGGUCUGGGCAAUGGCAGAACUGAUCCGGAACCCAAUGGCCAUGCAGAAGGCGACAACGGAGGUGCGACGAGCCUUCGCACUGGCUGGCGCCGUGUCAGAGGGCAAGGGCGCGCUCGGCGAGCUCCGGUACCUGCACCUUGUCAUCAAGGAGGCGUCUCGGCUGCACCCGCCAGCGCCGCUGCUGCUGCCGCGCGAGUGCUCGGAGCCGUGCCAGGUGCUCGGCUACGACGUGCCGCGCGGCACGCAGGUGCUGGUCAACGCCUGGGCGAUCGGCCGCGACGAGCGGUGCUGGACCGGCGGCAGCGGCGACGGCAGCUCGCCGGAGGAGUUCCGGCCGGAGCGGUUCGAGGAUGGCGCCGAGGCGGUCGACUUGAGGGGCAACAACUUCGAGCUCCUUCCGUUCGGCGCCGGGCGGCGGAUGUGCCCCGGGAUGGCGUUUGCGCUCGCCAACAUUGAGCUCACGCUCGCCAGUCUGCUUUUCCACUUCGACUGGGAGGUGCCCGACAUGGCCGACCCUGCCAAGCUGGACAUGACCGAGACGUUGGGCAUCACGGCGCGCCGCAAGGGCGACCUCCUGCUACGCCCCGUCCUCCGCAUGCCCGUGCCCGGCGUCUACUAGACGCCGUUGCCAGAAUUUCAGCCAUCUGCUCAGCCUUCUUUCUUGUGUUACAUCUCCUAAUCACCGUUAUACAAGUCACCAGUAACACUAAUAUCGCAAUUAUAUAUGUCAAACACAACAAGCCAUGUUGUAGCCUCGCUGUUAAAUAAGUGGAGAAAGAAUUGAAGGAGAAAAGCCGUGGAAUUAUGCCGCACAAAUCUCUCAUGUUUUGUCCGACUACGGGUGUAAAAAAAAGAAGUCCAUUUUACUUUCUGAA